AUGGCUAAAUUAUCAGAUAAGGAAAAGCAAAAUGCUUUGAACGAGGUUAGAAUACUUGCAUCUAUAUAGCAUCCAAACGUUAUUGCUUAUAAAGAGGCAUUCUUUGAUGAAAAUUCAUCCACAUUAUGCAUAGUAAUGGAAUUUGCAGACGGAGGAGAUCUCUAUUAAAAGAUAAUAGACCAUCAGAAACGUUCUUCAACCUUCCCUGAGCGAGAAAUAUGGCAAAUAAUUGGAUAAAUGACUAAAGGUCUUAAGGCACUUCAUGAUAAGAACAUUCUACAUCGUGAUCUCAAAUGUGCUAAUGUCUUCUUGAAUCGAGAUGGAACAGUUAAGAUGGGUGAUCUAAAUGUCUCUAAAGUUGCUAAUAAAAAUGGAGGCCUUCUAUUGACAUAAACUGGCACGCCAUACUAUGCAAGCCCAGAGGUUUGGAAAGAUCAGCCUUACGAUUACAGAAGUGAUAUAUGGUCAUUAGGAUGUGUUAUUUAUGAAAUGAUAAGCCUAUAACCACCUUUUCAGGCAUAGAACAUGGAUCAACUCUACAAAAAGGUUCUGAGUGGACAAUAUCCUCCAAUCUCAAAUUCAUUCUCAAAAGAACUUAGUGAAAUAUUAGCUCAGUUGCUGCAGGUCAUUCCAUAAAAAAGACCAUCUUGUGAUACUAUCUUAAGCCAUCCUAAAAUAGUUGGACUAGGAAUAAAUGCUCAUCAGGAUCCUGUCAGUCAAGGAGAUGACAAUCUUGAUUUACUGAAAACUCUUCACAUGCCAUUGAACUUAAAUUAGCUAGGCAAGAUCCUGCCAAAGAGUAAAUAUCAGAAGAAGACACCAGUUAUUAAACUAGAAGAUAUCAAUUUAUCAUAAAGAAGACAAGGCUCAAACGAUAAAAGGAACAACGGAUAUUCUCAAUCUUAAGAAGUUCAAUUACCACAAAUUAGAGAAAUUGAAUCUGUGUAAUAGGAUAGAAGAUCUAGAUUAGCACAAAAUGUACCAAUUGCUUAGCUUUAGGCUAGAGCUCUGUCAAGAGAAGCUUCUUAGGAAUCAUUGGUAUAGAUGAAAACUAGAAGAAUUCUAUAAGAAUAGCAAAAAUAAAGACAAGGGGUAAAUUAAAUUGAACUAUCAAGAUAAGGGAUUGAAUAAAGUAGAAAUCAAUCAUUGAUUGAGAAAUAUUAGUCUCCUUAAGUUGAUAGGAGAGUUUAAAACUCUCAAAAUAAGAAUGACAGAAUUGCUCUGUAAGAUUUAAACCCAGUACAUAUGAAUAAUAAGUUGAAUACUCCUCAAUCUAUGUAAUCUAAUUAGAAUCAAGGAUCACUGCUUUAAAGAUAAAUGAGUCAUUAAAGAGAGCUGAUUACUCCUAAUGGUAACUCCAAUAGAUAACACCACGAAUAGCUAGCUGGCAUGAUCAGAUGUAAUUAGAAUGUUAUGAGUGCAAAAGAACUAAGGAAUAAAUAUUACGCUCCAAUCGAGCAAAUUCGCAAAGAUCUCUCAGAGAUGAGCAUGAACUAUGAGAGAUAGCAUCAUGAUAGCAUUCUUCACGCCAUUGAUGGAGGAAGAGGAAGAUAAAAUUACUCCCACAUAGUAAAUGACUCAAUCAAUCAAAGGUAGAAUUUAUUAGGCAGAGGAAACUAUGAAAAUCAAUAUGAGAGAAUAAAUUCAUAGUAAAGGUAAUUACUUCCUAACUCCUAUGAUAAUAGACACUAGGUGCUUCCCCCAAACAUUAUGGCUUAAAAGAGAUACAGUCAGAACAGCAAUGCUUAAUUACAAUAACUUCCUAGCAGAAAUGCAAUAUAGCAGCUAGUCCCUCAUACUCCAAAGCAACCUGGAUCUGCUAAUUAUGAUUUGAAUUAAGGCAGUAGAACUAAAAGGAUUAUCAUUAAUGAUGAGAAUCGUAAUUUGAGAUAAAUUCCGAGUAGAGCAGACAACUAUAAUUAGAACAUCAGUAGGAAUCAAUCAAAUCAAGAGGAUGAGAGCUAGAUACUCAAACAAAUGCACAAAUAAGCCUAAAUGAACAUGAGAAAUCAAUAACCAGUAAAGACUAACUACAAUAGAAGAGGAGUAAGAGGCAAUGAAAAUUAUGACCCAUUAGCAUAAUACAAGCCAGCUUCCUAAUAGCAAAAUAUGGGCCUUAAACUGCAUAUUGACAAUGAUAGCAUACAAACUGAAAGAGGGUACCAUGGAGUGCCAUCUAAUAUUGGUCAUAGACCGAUACCCAUUUCUGUAAAUAAUGGAGCAAUUACUAAUAGAAAUGUUUAGAGUCAUAAUAAUGCAUUGCCUGUGUACAAUGGCCUACGAUAUAGAAGAGCAUGA